CGUGGCAACUCCCCUUGUUCAAAGCAGUUCGUGGCGUAUCCCUAUCCCUCUCUGUAUUUUGUUUUCGUAGGCACUGAGCACCAGUUUGCUCGCCCAAAGUGCAGUUUUAAUCAAAGAUGGAGCUCACAGUACCCGCCUUUAUGAAAAGGUGCAUUGACUCCUACGAAGCGUUGAGAGGAAAAGUCCCAAGUGAAGUUGAAAUUUUGUUCUGGGAUGCUGUUGUCAUAUCAGCGGCAGAUGAAGACCAAGCCAGUGCAUUCCGUGAACAAAUCGCUCAGAGAAAAGAGCGAAAUCUCAUCCCUCUUGUGCCGUACCACGUGUUCUCAGAUCCACCUGGACCAAAAGUUGGUUCAGGUGGUGCGACCCUUCACAUACUUGAGCACCUUCGUAAUAUGUAUGGAAAAGAACUGCAUCGCAUGAGGAUCUUGCUCAUUCAUACUGGUGGCCAAAGCAAACGGCUGCCUAGCCACAGUGCUCUGGGAAAGCUGUUCGCACUUCUUCCAAUCGAUUCGGCUGCUGAAUUUCAAAUGUUUGACCUAAAGAUGGCCAUGUACUCUCCAUUCCUGGCCAAGAUGAAAGCCGGGGUGUUUUUGACUUGCUCAGAUGAUAUAGAAACUUACACGCUUCCUCUGCUUGAAAACAGCUCAAGGUCUGGCCAGUGGAGCUUCGACGGAUCCGGAUUCACCGCACUUGCGCAUCCAUCGCCCGUUUCACUGGGGCUAACACAUGGAGUCUAUGUUCUGCCCAAAGGAAGUUCAUCUGCCACCACUUGUGUGACAACCGAGUGUCUCGAGGUUUUGCAGAAGCCAACGGAGAAGCUUAUGCGUGACAAAGGUGCAGUUUUUGAAAAAGGAGGAGACAGCAAAGAGGAGUUUGCAUACACUGACAGUGCAUUCUUCUUUGACUGCUCUGUCGUUGACAAGCUCAUCAAGUUGUACACCCAAGUCAAGCCAGUGACACAGGAAAUUGAUGCCUACAGGGAUUUCCUGCAGCUUUUAGGCAUAAAUUCAAAGAGUUGUGUUUCACAGGCAGGUGGAGGUGGAGCAGGUGAUCAGCUCAAUGUCCAACAAAUACUACAAGACUGCAAGCUGCACGUGGUAGUGCUGCCAUUGUCAAGAUUUUACCAUCUCGGAACAAUGCAGGAGUACAUAGACAACUUGUGUUUCAGCGAGACCUUUGCAGAGGAGUUACAGACCUGUAGGUUUGUGCACAGCAAGCUUAUUCACCUUGAGGCUUGCAAAGCUACCAACAUUUCUGGAGUGGUAAUGCGCUCCCUCAUUCACUCAAGGUCUACUGUUCCUCACUCCACAGUUGUAGAGUGCUGUAGGUUUGAAAUUCCCGUUAAACUCGGAGACAUGUGCAUUCUCAGCAACUCUCGAGUGGAAAAUCUAGCCGGCAGAGUUGUGGAAGUUCCAGGCAAGGCCAUAAUAUUCACCGUCAGUGUGAAAAGCGACACUUGCAAAGGGUACGUCACACUGGCAUUUGGAAUUGACGAUGACUUGAAGACGGCAGCACGUGAUGCAAGGGAACUGUCCUACUUUGGAAAGAGGUUAGGUCAGUUGGAGGAUUGCAAGCUCGUUAUCUGUGACUCGCUGUUCAAGACCUCUUCUGCUGCAUCGACUCUCUGGGAGGCUAAACUCUUUUCGGUGAAACCCACAAUGACAGAGGCAUUUCUGUCAACGGUAGGAUUGGUGCAAGCAGUACUACAGAAUGUCCCUCAAGUGAAUGAAGAAAAAAGCAUUGUAAAGAUGAGCAUGGAUGACGUUCUGAGAUGCAAAGACAUAGGAGAGCUUCUGAGGCACCAAAACACAAUAUUCAAUUGAUGAAUGAGCCAAGUUAUCGCAUGGCAUUUUUUCAACCUUCAUGCCCGGUGUACAUCUUACUUGUGAUGCCAAGGUGCAUUUGUGAAGUAAAAGUGUAAUGAUGCUUAAUAUUUUAGAGUAGUCCAGAACUGGUCUGCGAUGUAUGCUGCUGUACAGACAGCGAUUGGUAGAAGCAUUGCUUCGACCAAUUGCAGAUGGCUAAUGGCGACGAAAAGAAUAGAAAGAAGAAAUAGAAUGAUUUCUCGAUUGCACCCCUAAUUUACAGCUGCGAACUGGAAACUGUACACCACUGCAAGUAUUUCUCAAAAGCACUCAAUCUUAAGUUAUACGAUGUUUCACAGUUGCAUUUGCAAAUUUAACUAGAAAUCCAACUACACGUUCGAGAAACACUGUUAACUGGUACACCCCAUGGUCCGUACAAACUAUGGGUCACAGCUACGACAAUUUCACCUACCCACUGUACUAAUUAAGUUUUUUUUAAUCAAUCAAUCUGAUUUUUAUUGACAAACCAAAAAAAAGAUUACAAGAUAUCUGGACCGUUAGCCUACAUUGGCUAGUGAUCGGUCCAUAUCGGAGUACAUAAAAGCAGCUUAGCAGAGCAUAUUUAAACACAUAUAUACACAAUUAUUUAUACAUAUAACUAUUCACAUAUGCACAUACAUACUACAUACAUAAGUGCGUGUACAUAUAUGCAAUUUCACAACAUAGCCAAAUAUAGUUUGUUUCAUCAUCAUCGUCAUAUAUAAUAAGUGACUGGGUAAAAGCACUAAUUAGCCUAGGAGAAAGUGAAAAAAAAAAAGCCUAUUUAUAUGUCUUGAUGCUACAAGCAAAAUAAUUUUACACUGUGCUUAAAAUUUCUUGCCACUUUAACUUCUAAGGGUAGUCGGUUCCAAAUUUUAGUCCCAUGAAAUUUCAAUAAGCGUUUCCCAUAUAAGUUAUAGCUUGUAGGUAAGUUAAAAUUGCCAUUCGAUGCGUGUCUAGUGUUUCGCGAUGGUAUUGUAAAUAGAGUGGA